AACAGGAUAAGUAGUUUUCCGACUUACCAUUUAGUGAGUGUAAAUAUUAGCUUGUUAAUGCGAUUUCUCGUUUCACUUUUUUUGUUAUUAAUUAUGUUGUUUCAGAUUGACUCAGAGUUGUGGAAGUUCUCACAUUCAGACAGAGUCACAAGUCGUUCUUUGAGAAGUCAGAUUUAUUCUUUUUGUGCAUGCUACGACCGCUCUCUCCUUUGACAUCCAGAAGCAGGAACAAGAGAUAGAAGCAGCCAAGCUCAACCAUUUGUGCAAAAGUACGAGCUUCUAAAGUACAUGCACGACAUCUGCAAAGCGAAGAUUGAUGGCACGUAUUCGGGAUUUUCUCCUCUACCCUCCAGAAGCUAUUCUCUUCAAAAGAGCUACCUGUACGUGAAUAGCAGUAAGGCACACAAGAGAGAGAGUAAACUGUGAUCAUCAAGGCCUUUGAAAUUCCACUGCAUUAAAGAUUUUGUAUUUUGUACUCUCCUGAACAUUUCUUACUGUGUGUCUUUCAUCAUUUGUAAAAUAUACCGAUAAAUUCCGUAAAAACACUGGAAGAGAGUCAUAGUCAAAUGGAGAAUUGCAUUGCCUAGAGUGUUGACGAUGAUGCCUAUUUUGUACUGAAUAAGUGUUUGUAUUGUAGCCGGAUUUCUCCAUACUCCACAGUUGGGAGUGUAAACGGAAAGGGAAUUAAAACAGGCUCACAAUCAGCAGCCAUCUGUGUUGAUUUAUUUUUUUAUUUUUACUUCCGUUUUUAUUUUAAUUUCAUUGAAAAUAAAUGUGGAGGAAAAUAAGAAGGCUAUUUUAGUCAUUAAAAACAUUAUUCGAGUUGGUGUUGGUUGAGGACUUAGGGAUGAGGCUCAGCAUCGUCGUGGACAUCGAACAACAACGUUAUCAAUGGCCGCUGAAGGUGAAACUAGUUCAGAAAGUCUUGUUCUAAGUGGUAUGCAUGACCAUUACGGAGGUGUCAUCGUCCACAUCAACGACAAUGAUCCCAUGGAUCCUGCCACCUUCCUUUCAUUGCUUACCUCUUCUAUUGCCCACUGGAAGCUUCAGGGGAAAAAGGGUGUUUGGAUCAAGUUGCCUAUAGAACGAGUCAAUCUUGUUGAAGUUGCAGUCAAGGAAGGAUUCUGGUACCAUCAUGCAGAGCCUAUGUAUUUGAUGCUCGUGUAUUGGAUUCCCCAAUCGCCUCACACCCUUCCUUCCAAUGCCACCCACCGUGUCGGAAUUGGCGCUUUCGUCCUCAACCCCAACACUAGACAGGUGCUAGCAGUCCAAGAAAAGAGCGGGGUUUUACAGGGGACAGGUGUGUGGAAGUUCCCUACUGGAGUUGUAGACGAGGGAGAAGAUAUCUGUGUAGCUGCUGUGAGAGAAGUCAAAGAAGAAACUGGAAUUGACUCGGAGUUCGUCGAAGUUCUAGCAUUCAGGCAAAGCCACAAGGCAUUCUUUGAGAAGUCAGAUUUAUUUUUUGUGUGCAUGAUGCGACCCCUUUCCUAUGACAUCCAAACGCAGGAACAUGAGAUUGAAGCAGCCCAGUGGAUACCAUUUGAUGAGUACGCAGCCCAACCGUUUGUCCAGAAUAACGAGCUUCUGAAAUACAUCAGUGACAUAUGCAAAACAAAGAUAGAUGGGCAGUAUUCAGGAUUUUCUCCACUACUUGCAUCAAGUUUUUAUGACCAAAAGGCGAGCUACUUGUACUUGAAUAAUAGUAGUACGGCGCCCAAGAGAGACGGUGGAGUUUGAUCAUCUAUCGGUCCUGGAAAUAUCGGAGCAAGGGAAUUUAUUUUGUAAUCCAGAAAAUUAAUAAACGAAUUUUUGCCUUUCGUCUUUGUGAAGUAUACACUACACUGAUGCAGUGUAACAACCACCAUGUAAUAAGAACCAUGGUUUAAUAACAAAUUAUCUCCGGUCUUUGUCAAGGCUAUAUUGAUAAA